AUGAAGCCAUUGAGCAGUGUAGCUUUCCUCCUCCACGGCACCGUCGUCUUCCACCUCUUAUCCUCCGCCGCUGCAGGGACGAUUAGAGGAGGAGGAUCAUUCGUGGACAAUAGAAUGAAGUUUUGUCUGCCGAAACCGGGAGUCGGCGAUGCCCAACUGCAGAGAAACCUGGAGUGGGCAUGCAAACAAGGCAUCGAUUGCCGCCCGAUUCAACCCGGCGGCGCGUGUGCUGAACCGUCCACCGUCAAGUCUCGUGCCGCAUUCGCCAUGAAUUCUUACUUCAAGUUUAAAGGAAGCGAUAGCGCCUGCGAUUUUCAAGGCAGUGGUGCGAUCACACCCACAGAUCCAAGUAAGCUGGAAAAACUCUUAGUUCAAAUUUUGGUUUUGAUCCGUACAUUAUGUAUGAAUUGGGUUAUCUCAGAUGCAUAUAUGUUUGAAGGAUCGGAUAAGGUUGAUCUAUCUUAA